CACCAACUUGCUGCUGCUGUUGCUCCACUAGAAGAUUAUCCGACAGCUGAGAAGGACACUCGACGUCAGUUGUAAAUCAACUGUUGACGCGUUCGGAUCAUCCGACACCGCGGGUUCGGUCGGGUAGGUAAUUCAUCCUUGGGGAAAAUCUAACGACACCACCGAUUAGCAUGUUUUCUCGUGACAAAUUGUAAACCGCCUGGGAGAACACAGAGAUGAUGCCACCGACGGCCACCGUCGUAGGCAGACAACCGCGAAUCCCUUCGAUGCUUUCGUUGGUGGACGGAACCGGGGGCGGUCCGUCGUCUUCGUCGUCCUGUGCGGUCCGGCGUCAAUCAUGCGUCUCGGAUUUACCCUCGCCGUCGGUUCACGUGCCAUCGAUUUCGGCUCGACUGGGCACCACCGGGUACCCAAUGCCAUCGCGGAUGGAUGGGAUAGGUCGUUACGACAGCCGCGUGUUGGUGCAGCAGAACGGUGGAUCGGGAGUGCGACGCUACAACGCCACGGAUGCAGAGGAAUGUGACGGUUUGGCGCCCUCGUUGUCGAUGGAUAAUUUGAAUGGGACCGCCGCUAACGAGGUGAGAAAUAACGACGGCGAGCGUGACGACAGUGGUGUGAAAACGGCACUCAAAGCUGCAGGGCCGCUGGGUCUGGUUAAGAGGAUUUGUUCCGAUGGAGUGCUUUCGGCCACGUCAUUCGGGUCCGGAUCUAGCGAUGGUGUUACGGAGAACUAUUGGAUGCUGAUGAUUACACCGGUUGUGAGCAGUUUCUCGGUGGCACUGGUAAUUGCAGCCGUCGCCGGACCGCAGUGGCUGUUCACCGAGGAAAAGCUCCACAACCGUAACUACAAUGGCACCAUGAACUACAACGCCAAAGAUGAAGGAAUCUACCUUACCAAGUACACCAAGGCUUCCCUCUGGACGUUGUGCAGUAAAAUGGGUGGCGCCAAUCUAGGUCAAACGGAGUUUCACUGUACCACCAUCGACUACUUUCCUCAGGAGGACUACAAUCCGGACCCGCAGGAUUCCACAAACGCCAUCCCAUAUACCGUGACCCAUUCGUCGCCAUUCUUCCUGGUAUCGAACGUGGUGCUGGUCAUCAGCUAUGUGCUCUUCCUGCUGGCCAUGUGCUCAUCGAGGCACAAAAUCUGUUACUUCGUGUCCGGAGUGUUAUUUAUAAUAUCAGGUCUCCUCAUGCUAAUCGGACUGAUAAUGUUCAUCUCGAUCCUCAAAGCGGAAAUCGGUUACAAACUACGGCCUCGAUCAUCCCUGCAAGCACCACUCUUCACCUUUCGCUACGGCCAAAGCUUCCUCCUGUACGUGUUCGGCUUCGUCAUCACGGAACUGUCCGGAAUCUUUAACGUUCUAAUCUACUCCAACCUGCACCAAGCGCAACUUGCUCGUUCGCAAAUCUAUCCCACCUACCAGAAUCUGAGUGCCAACUACUACAGCAUCACGCCCAAAAAGGAGAAAUCCAAGGCUGCAAUGGACUACGGAAUGUCCAACGGUACGCGACCACGGUUCUACUUCGAAAGCAUCGAUGACUGCGCAGUGCAUCGGUAUCAUCGCGACCGUAGCAAUAAUUUGGUAAAAAGCUUGAAUGAACUCUACACGGAACCGGCGCCGGAAAUGAGGAGUACGGCUACGGCAACAUCACCGCCGGCGGACAUCUCGGCAACGUCCCGGAUUGAGCUGGCGUUGGAUUCCGGGAAGCUCACGAGAAGCGUCUCCACCACCACCGAUAUAGUGCUGAUGGAUGACCCGAGAAGCGAAACGGACGAGAAGAGCGAGGAGAAUUUGAAGAAUAUAUGCGGAAUAUCCAAGCAGUAUCUUACGAAGGAGCUGUCCAAGGAGAAGUUGUUCAACGAGUUCUGCAAGAAGGUAGGACCGAGACCGAAACCGAAGAACAUCUACUACAUCGAAGACGACGGGAAGGAUCAGGAUGGGUUCCAGAAUGUGUUUGUAAUCGAGGGGAACAACAGCGACGAUGACAAGUUUAAGCGCAGGAGGAGAAAUUCGAUGUUGGGGGCAUCGGUGAGCGUGGAUGCGCUGGAGAGACGACAGAGAAUAAGGUCGGAUAAUUCGUUGGAUCGGGCGUACGGUGAAGAAUGUCCAAGAUUGACCUACGAUAUGAGACAGACACUGCCGAGGAAUUUUAUGAAGAAACAUCACAAUCUACUGACGCAGCAUACGCUGGCUGAUGAACGCGGUGGUUUCAAUAGCUUGGACGACUUGGGAGACCAUCACGGGUCGUGGAAUCGAAGAAUUUCUGCCAGUGGAUUGUUGGAACCCAUCAGAUUGAACUUAUCGCAGAACAACCUGGACGCGUCUUCUUCACCAUAUCAUCACGCAUCAAAGUGGCCAAAAUACAUCCCAAAAUCGACCAACGAUUUCACGACCAUGCAACAACAGUAUCUUCACGUUCCAUCGUCACCCUCUUACGUGGACUACACCGUAAGGCCAUCGUCAGCCCAAGGUCACCACAGUAUUGGCGAUUUGAGUUCGUACCAACCUCCGCCUCCGCCUCCUCAAUACGCCCGGAUUCAACAUCCGAGCGUCGUCGGUCCACCGCCGUUCAACUACGUCCCACCGAAAACGGCACCUCCGGCGGUAUUCUCCGGCAAAGUUUCGCCAAUUUUCGAUCUGGACAAAAUCGAGCGGGAACGUCGCAAGUCCCACUCGCAACUGUUUCUCAACCACGGUUCCCAGCAGCCACUGCAGCAACAAUACGACUACGUCAAUGGGACUGCUGUUUAAGAAAUACAAUUUAUGAACUGCCAUUGUUCGAUUCGCGCGUCAUUUAGAAUGUUCAAAAGAAAGUUAACAAUCCAUUAUAGCAUUUAUAAAACCCACAUGGAAUUCCGAGCUUGCAUAUCAGUAAACCCAGGUACGAUAGAUGAUAAAUGUUUGAAUACUAUGGUGCCAUAUAUACGUACACGUACAUAUCUACCAACAGUCGAAAACGUCAAUAACAUAUGUGUUGUGAUUUGAAUAAAACUGAUGUUGUGUUUAGAUGGAAAUAAAUAAAUGGUUGAUUCAUUACGAAAACGGAACGAACGGUAGACUUUUCUAAUGAAGAAAUCUAAAAAGGAUUUGGCCAGUAUUAUUUCUAAACAAGGGAAAAUAUCUUUAUCUAAUGUCAUGAGUGUUCCAAGAAACACAAAUUCUACAAAAAUUCGUCAAUAAUUA